UAAAGUUUGGAAAGACAUUCAGACGGGGUUCAUUGUGCCGGACACCUUCAAACAUGAUUGUCUCAUCCUAGCUGGGAAGUUAAUGAAAGACUUCAAGAAUAGGAUGACAAAAGACAUCAUAAUGCCCGCGUUGAAAGAGAAUGAUCUGGGACGACUGGCACAAGUCCCUGAAAAGCACCCGGAGAUCGACGCUGCUGAUUGGUGCAAAUUUGUUGAAAGUCGACUAACUCCUGAAUUUCUGGAAUUGAGUAAGGUGCAACGUGAACGUUCCUCAAAAAUUCAAUCCAGACAUCGAAGUGGUCGGAGUGGAAUGGUGAACGUACGGGAAGCUGUGAAAAAGGACCUCGAAGUUGCAGAUCCUCCCCGCCACCGUGUUUGGAUUAAAUCUCGCACCAAGAGUAGAAAACUUGUCACUGAUUACGACAAGGAAAUUGCCGAGAAGAUAGCUCAAUUAGAGGAGAAGCUUAGUCAGGGACAAAUUCAGGUCCAGGGCCAAAACGAUAUCCUCACGCAGGCGCUCGGGACACCAGAGCAUCCUGAACGUGUCAGGGCUGCUGGGUAUGCUAUUACUUCAAAUGUUAUUUAUUUAGUUACACAAAUGAAAUCGUUGCUAAUUUGCAUUUUAUGAUUUGUAGGUUCCUGACCAGGGCAUCUCAACUGUUCGGCAGGAAGAAAAGGGAAGUGUCUGAUGUUGUGGCUCGGCAAGCGAAGGAGAUUGAAAAAUUAAAAGCCGAAGUCCAAUCCCUUAAGCGACGGAGGAACGCUGCCGAACAAGAGGAAGAAGGAGAGGUGGCUGGUGAGGCGUAUGUUCCACAACCAUACGCUCCUCAGGAUGAGGUACAACCACAAAUUUAUGCUGAGGAGUUUAUUUCCCUCAACGACCAAGGUAUCCUAUACAAUUUUGAUGACCAUGCGGCCCUUAAUCAGCAAGUACAUCUCUGCUCUGACAACAUCGACAAUAUUGUGGCCCGAGGGUUUUUGUACGAGCAUGUGGGUAUGAUCAAAGUUCACUGCCAGGAAUACGAUGAUUCACAUGCUCGGAUCAUGGUUUCGGAAAUCCUGCAAGAGGACGCUGAAAUCCCAGUCCCAAUUGAAGAGUGCAGAUAUGUUAGGGACGUGUACCAGAUGUUCCUUCCUUGGCCUAAACACUUAAUUUUAACAACCGAGGUAACUUCUCAACUGAAAUUAAUUAUUAAUGAUUAGUGGAGUUUGAAUAUCUUCA